CCAGGAGCAGCUAGACCUGAAGAUGCAGCAGCUUUAGGUCCAGGGAGAUGGGCAUCUGCCCUGCCCACAGGGAGCUCUGCUCCCAGUGCUUUGAUGAGCUGAUUGGUGAGGUCACCAUCAACCAUGCAGAGCAGGAACUGCUGCUGCGGCAAGUCCGGGACAAGCUCGGCAUGACCAUCGCUGCCCACCAGGCUGUACGAGAGCUGGUGGCCUUUGGCAUGAGGAAGGCGCUCCAGGCUGAGCAGGGGAAGUCAGACAUUGGGAGGAAAACCGCAGAAAUGGAAACAGGAAAGAGAGACUUGGGGAAGCAAGUGAAUGUGCAGAAGGUGCAAUGUGAGGCCACUGAGAAGCCGGAGAGUGAAAGGUGAAAGGUGGAGGAGAAGAAGCACAAUGAAGAGAUUCAAUUCCUAAAGCACACGGACCAGCAGCUGAAGGCCCAACUGGAAGGCAUUAUUGCACGAAAGAAGUGA